UCCGGAAAUGGUCGCGCUUAACUCGACUCUCUUGACAGCGGACAUUUGGUGAAUAACUUCACCCAACCCGGAACUUUUUCAGAUGGUUAAAAGUCCGAAAUCUUUACCAAGACCUUUGAACUAUAUUUUUUAUACAUUUGGGAUGUUAUCGCAAGUAAAGUGACGUGUGUAAAAGUGACUUCAGCUUAGAGAAAAACAAUCAGCGCAAAUGUGUGCGGUGGUUCCCGCAGGACAGUAGCCCUCGACUUGUCUUCUUGUACCAGGAACUGGUGGAGUCAGUAGAUGCCAAAAUGCCACAACAGAAGGAUAUAGUAAAAAUCGCCAUCCAGAUGCCUGGGGCAUAUCCUCAACUCAUACAACUGGACCAGAAAAAGCCUCUGUCUGCUGUAAUAAAGGAAGUCUGUGAUGGAUGGAAUCUCCCAGGUCCGGACAACUACGCUAUGCAAUAUGCAGAUGGAGUGCAGACCUAUAUCACUGAAUCAAAUCGCCUUGACAUAAAGAACGGUUGCAUUCUACGUCUCACCAAGGCCCCGGGUCGUUGUGCAGAAGAUUUGUUCAAAGGCGUCCAAAGCUCAGACUCAGGCGUGCGCUGUGAUUCGCUGAAGGAACUGGCCAGUGUAUCCACAGAUGUGACUUUUGCACAAGAGUUCAUAAGCAGAGAUGGGCACCUACUGUUGGUCAAGAUAGUAGAGGACUCCCAUGAGAGUGCAGUUAUCAUGACACAUACACUAACUGCCUUUAUGGAACUGAUGGACCAUGGGAUUGUGUCAUGGGAAAACCUCUCAACUGUCUUCAUCAAAAAGAUUGCAAGCUUUGUCAAUGGAAAGUCAUCCGAUGCAUCUAUCCAGCAGGUUUCAGACAUUCUGGAGAGUAUGGUCCUGAGCAGUCAUAGCUUAUUUCUGCAGGUUAAGAAUGAAGUGACCAUGGAGCGACUAAUAGCUCACCUCCAAGUGACAAACCAGCUGAUACAAACCAAAGCCAUGGCUCUGCUUAUGGCUUUACUGCAGACUGCUGGAGACUCAGACAGAGAGGACAUGUUUGAGUUUCUAAAUAAGAAGAAUUUGCGGCAGUAUAUCUAUAAGAACAUUAUUCAUAGUUCGGGUUCGGUCCAGGAUGAGAUGGCCCACUACCUCUAUGUGCUCCAGUCAGUGACAUUAAAUCAUCUAGAGCCCAGAAUGAGGACGCCAUUGGACAGUUACAACCAGGACCAAAGAGACAUCCUCCAUCGCUUAAGACAGGCUGCGUUUGAGACAGAACCUGAAAACAAUUUGACCCAUGAAAGACGGCGCUCGCUGUGUGCAAAGGAGUUCAAGAAAUUAGGUUUUUCUAACAAUAGUAAUCCUGGGCAAGAUUUGGUUCGAACACCUCCUGGUCUGUUAGCGCUGGACACUAUGUUUUAUUUUGCCACACGGUAUCCUGAUGCAUACAGCAGGUUUGUGCUUGAAAACAGCAGUAGAGAAGACAAACAUGAGUGUCCCUUUGCCAGGAGCAGCAUCCAGCUUACGUUGAUCCUGUGUGAAAUCCUUAGAAUUGGAGAACCUCCCUCAGAGACAGGAUCAAACUACCACCCCAUCUUCUUCAGUCAGGACCGACUUUUGGAGGAGCUCUUCUGUAUUUGCAUUCAGCUCCUCAACAAGACAUGGAAGGAGAUGAGAGCCACACAAGAGGACUUUGAUAAGGUGAUGCAGGUGGUGAGGGAGCAGAUCACGCGGACACUGUCCAGUAAACCAACGUCUCUGGAGCUUUUCAAAAACAAAGUGAAUGCCCUCAACUACAGCGAGAUCCUCAAACUACGGCAGACAGAGCGUCUACACCAGGAAGAAACUCUGGCUCCACCUGUGCUUGAGCUAAAGGAGCGCCUGAAGCCUGAGUUGUUGGACUUGAUUCGUCAGCAGAGACUGAACCGGCUGUGUCAGGGCACCAUGUUCAGAAAGAUAAGCAGCCGGAGGAGACAAGAUAAACUUUGGUACUGCCGCUUAUCACCAAAUCACAAAAUGCUUCAUUAUGGUGAUGUGGAGGAGGACACUGACAUCCCACCAAUCGAAACACUACAAAAGAAAAUUCCUGUGGCAGAUAUCAAGGGUUUGCUGACAGGAAAAGACUGCCCUCAUAUGAAAGAAAACAAAGGAAAACAGACAAAGGAAGUGCUGGACCUGGCUUUUAGCAUCACCUAUGAUGUAGAGGACAGCCUUAACUUUAUUGCCCCCUCUAGAACUGAUUUCUGCCUAUGGACAGAUGGCCUGAGCGUUCUUCUUGGCCGAGAGAUGAGCAGCGAGUCCAUGCGCAGUGAGCUGGAGAUCCUCCUGUCCAUGGAGAUCAAGCUGCGCCUCCUGGACCUGGAAAACGUUCAGAUUCCUGAGCGCGCACCAGCCGUUCCCAAACCACCCAGCAACUACAACUUCUGCUACGACUUCAGCCAAACUGAACAAUAGUGUCAUCAGUGAAAAUUCAGAAUGUGUGAAAGGAAAUGUGAGUUUGGUUCAGUUCAUUACUGCACUUAAAUAUGCAAUCCAUUUGAGACACUUUAUUCUUUGAGAAUUCUGCUCAGGGCAGUGCACACAGCAUUGUUUUUAAACUCCAUAUGGUACUUUUUAUAACACACUGCCUACCAACCACUACCCCCUCAUCGGCCUUCACCCUCUUUCUCUGAAAUCAGUUAAGGCACAGUAAUAAUUCAGGACUAGUAUCUGAAUGUGCACAAACCUAUGACAUUCAAAGCUCAUAACUGCUCCAAAGCACCAUUGCCUAUCUCUGAAAACAGCUACUAUACACAGAUAAAGAUAGUGUGGCUGUCAACUUUAUUGCUAAGUUUUCUUUGUGGAUUUAGCAAAUCUCAAGACUGAUCUUUUGCAUUAGGUUUACAAAUACAAAAUCCUUUAUAUUUAUGUUUUUUUUUUUUAUCUUAAAAUAUAGAAUUUGGUACUUUUAUGAAUUUCUACUUUUAAUAACAAAUGUCUCUGGUACAUAUUUGACCCAGAUUUGUUACCACUAUGACUUAUGCGUUUUAAAUUAUGAAUGCUCAUUUUAACACAGAAUAAUACAUUUAUACCUAAAAAUUAUAUUCACUGUUUUACUAUGGUACUUUACUGAUGUACAGUCAUAAUGAAAAUGUGUCCUGCAGUCUGCUAAAAUACAAUCAUAUUCUUGAGUGCUCCACAUUCCUGCUUUUGUUUCCAGAUACAUGCAUAUACUUUGUGUUGUACAGCAUUGCCCAUUAAACAGAAAUAAACAAUUGUUUAUGGUAACAAAUGGGAA